CCGUGAGACACAGACGGCAGCUUUCCGAGCGAGCGGGGGACAGGCUGAGGCGGCGCCAGCACAACUGCGCCGCUCGCCGGAGAAGACCCGGGCGCCAGGAGAGAAGGCAAAGCCCGGAGCCCCAUCCCCUCUCUCCGUGGGGUUCUACUGAGCCGACGGGCAGCUCGGCGGCCGUGCGCGACCCCCUUCCCGGCCACUUCGCGGGGUGUGCCAGGACUUGGGGACACGGCUCGGGAAGAGUCGGGGCGGGAGACGGCGGCGGCGGAGAGAGGGGGCGCGCACCGGGACGGGAGAGGAGUGAGUGGCGGGCUGGGCGGCGGCGGCGGCCGUAGCCGCGGGUACCUCCCCGCCUCGCCGCUUCGCAGGCAGCACCGCCUCCCCGGGCCGCGGCCGCCCGGCCGGGUCCUCUGCGCGUUCCCGGGCCCCGAGCCGGCGCACGAUGCGCCCGGCUGCGUUCUGAUCGCCGCCGCGCCGCCGCCUCCGCCGCGAUGAUCCCCCCUGAGCCGCCGCAGCAGCAGCUGCAGCCGCCACCGCCGGCCCCGCCGAACCAUGUGGUGACCACCAUCGAGAACCUGCCGGCCGAGGGCAGCGGCGGCGGCGGCAGCCUGUCCGCCUCCUCCCGGGCUGGCGUACGCCAGAGGAUCCGCAAAGUGCUGAACAGGGAGAUGUUAAUCUCUGUGGCUCUGGGCCAGGUGUUAUCCCUUCUUAUUUGUGGAAUUGGCUUGACCAGCAAGUACCUGUCAGAAGAUUUCCAUGCCAAUACACCAGUCUUCCAGAGUUUCCUCAAUUACAUCCUUCUCUUUUUGGUCUAUACCACCACACUAGCUGUCAGACAAGGAGAAGAAAACCUCCUGGCAAUUUUACGACGAAGAUGGUGGAAGUAUAUGAUCCUGGGACUCAUCGACCUGGAAGCAAAUUACCUGGUGGUCAAGGCCUACCAGUACACGACUCUGACCAGUAUCCAGCUCUUGGACUGCUUUGUGAUCCCGGUGGUGAUUUUGCUCUCCUGGUUCUUCCUGCUGAUCCGGUACAAAGCUGUGCAUUUCCUCGGCAUCGUGGUCUGUAUCCUGGGAAUGGGCUGCAUGGCAGGAGCGGAUGUCCUUGUGGGAAGACAUCAGGGAGCAGGGGAAAAUAAGCUGGUAGGGGACCUUCUGGUCUUAGGAGGAGCCACGUUAUACGGUAUCUCCAACGUCUGGGAAGAAUACAUCAUCCGAACCCUGAGUCGAGUGGAAUUUCUGGGGAUGAUUGGACUCUUCGGGGCUUUUUUCAGUGGAAUUCAAUUAGCCAUAAUGGAGCACAAGGAGCUGUUAAAGGUGCCCUGGGAUUGGCAAAUAGGACUGCUCUACGUUGGCUUUAGCGCCUGCAUGUUUGGUCUCUACAGCUUCAUGCCAGUCGUCAUAAAGAAAACCAGCGCCACUUCGGUCAACCUCUCACUGCUCACAGCAGAUUUGUACAGCCUGUUCUGCGGACUGUUUCUCUUCCACUACAAGUUUGGGGGGCUGUAUCUCCUGUCUUUCUUCAAUCUCAUCGGGCUGGUGCUCUACUCUCCACCUCCACAUACCGUAGCCCAGGACCCCCGAGUGUACAAGCAGCUCCGCAAUCCUUCCGGGCCCGUCGUGGACCUUACCGGCCACAGCGCAGGUGGAGCCUCAGUCACCUACACCACUGGGCAGGAGACCGAAGAGGAGCCCCACGUCCGCGCUGGCCUAGGAUGAGGCCCUCCCCGCCCACUGAAGUCACCUCCGUGGCCACGUUGUUCGCCCUUCAUCUCUGUAUUGUACAUAGAGAAAGGUAUUUAUUAGGUGCGGUUUACGCAGGUGGACUGCAAGGUAGCAAAUCUGAAAGCCUGUAAGAGGCAUAAGCUAAACAUCCUGGAGUCACGGCCUCGAGCCAUCUGGACUUAGAGAGACGCCUAGCUAGUAUGUUUCCUGAUCACAACCCUCCUGCAUUAAUUACUGUGAAAAACUUUUGAAUUAAAAGCAAGUAUUAUUAUUAUUUGUAUUAUUAUUGUUACUGUUAUUACACUAACUUUCAGGAGGAUGUUUUGUACUCCUGAUGAGAACUAUCGCCAGACCCACAUGUAGUUAACAUAAAUCCCCACUUUUCAAUGGGCAAGUCACUUUUUAAGAAUCAUACUUUAUUUUUUUGCACAGUUUACAUGAGUGCUGCAUACCACAGGAGCUCCACCCUGAGAAGUUUCUUAGCCGAGGGGCUGGUGGCUGAUGGUUUCCUCUGUCACCUGUUGGACUGCCUGCUCAACAAGUAUUUUGUGCUGUCACCCUUGUGGGGAGGGGCAACUGACCAUAUAAUUCUCUAUUCUAGGAAUAGAUAUAAACAAACACUUGAGCUUUUUUAUAUUUUGAUCUCUGAUUACUCCGGGCCAUUGCCUUUCUGUUGUACCACGUGAUUCUGCUAAUGAAGUCCCUGUAAUAACAGGAUAAGGAAGCUUUUAUUUCCGUGGCUUAUAGGAAACCCCAGGAAUAAUAAUAUCAUGUGUGUUUUGGGUAAUAUAUAUAUAUAUUAAAUAUAUUAAAUCUUUCUGCCCCUCCUUAUAGCCUCUCUUCCAAAAAUGUAUUUGAUUUUACAUUUAAUUCCUAGAUUUCUUUAGUGAUACUAUGAAAAUUAUUCAAGUCAUUGGAAAAAGCCAUGGCCCUCUGCCCUCUUCAAUUGUGUCCCACCCUUGUUAAGAUACACCAGCAUGGAAAUCACCCUCACUGUGGAGUGUCAUUGGUGGGGUGGCCCCCAACAAAGUCAACGUGCUGAUGUGGAGCAGUCUCUGACAAUGGCUUGAUUGAUCUGACCACGUGGUAGUGAUAAAGAUGUCAUGAAUGAAAAAGUGUGGCAUCUUGGUCAUCUUUGGCAUCCCUUCAACAGCAGAAUAUAUCAACACCCUAUUCUUAGGGAUACAGAGAACAUUGUGGGGUCCUGAUAAGGCUUUGAGGGAUAUGUCACUAGUCUAAUUUUGUUGCCCUUAAAGUAACUCUUUUUUUCAAACACACACAAACACACAAAACCAAGAAGCACCACAGACCUCUACGAUUUGGAAUAGAUUUUAUGUGUCAGUAUGUGAAAUAGUCUUUAAGUUUGACCGGCUUCAAUACCAUGCAAAAAGAUCCGUGAUGGAGUACAGGGUUUGUUAAGGAAAAAUAAAUGCUUAUGAAACUGUGGGCAAUUCAGAUCAAUACAUCUUAAGCAAACAAAACAAAUCACCGGAGGGGUCCGUGUAAAGUAGGACAGAUUGCAGCCCCGUCAGGACUCCCGUAGAGCCUGCACAAGGCCUAAUUCCUGGGUAGGCGAACGCGUCCCGUGCUGGCUGGUCAGCAGCAGGUGGCCCUUCUGUCUGCCUUCUACCCCCGGGGGGGCAGUCCUGCCCCCGGAAAUGGCGAAGAAGAAUUACCUCCUCGGAUAUGCAGAGUGUAUGGUCAUCUCUGUUCAGCCCCCUCAGAAAUAUGUUUUAUUUUUGGAGAAAAAAGAAAUCAAUGUCAAAACAACUUGCCAGUGUCUGCUCUCUGCUACCUUUUAAACCAAUUAAAUACCUUUCUCUGAAUAUUUUGUCCAUUCAGAUCUGAAGACCUUUAAAGACUGUGGUUUUAUUUUUGUGUUUACAUUCCUUCGGUUGGCAUAAUUUGCUUGAUUUAUUGCAUUUUUAGUAUUUAUUUUAAAGCCAAAUGUUUUAGUCUUUUUUAUUCAUUUUUAUGACACUAAUUUGUAGACACUUAGUAAAGUCUUAUGAGAAAUAAGUGGAUGAAGCUAUUCCAAGUCAACUCAGUGGACUGGGAAGUUUUUUAAAAUUUAAAUUUCAAAAAGGUUUGCAGUCAACGGUUGGCUAAAAGUCUCCAUCUGGAUUAUUUUCUAGGAUAUUUUAAUUGACUCCCUUGUAUGGAAACCAAGUGUGAAUGUUAAGGUGAACUCACUGUAAACCCUUUACCAUCCAGUGUUCUCGUGCACAACGACUUUCAUGUCACUGGGGUCCUUCACUGUGUUGGUUCGUCUCCAGUUAGAAAGGCUGAUAACAUAUUGCACCGUCUGAGAUCAGGAGUUCCAGAUUGACCCUUCGGACAAAAAAGAAAAUAGCAAAGAACGAACUCUUUGUGUAAAAACACUGGUUCUUCGGGAGCGGGGUGGGAAGCGCGAGUAGGACGUUAACUCUAGCCGUUUUCAUUUCUGAAAUCUCACAGCCUCAAUAGACACCAGCAAAAAGUUCAGCUUUUCGCCCCCCCCACCCCCACCCUGCACAAGUGAGACUUUAGCAACUUGUAUAGAAUUGGAUUGGGUAAGCAAACCACAGCGCCUCCCCCACCCCCACGCCUCCCCGCUAGUGAUCAGUGCUGGUUCUCAGUUUCCUCCAUGAAAACCUGCCCUGGGGACAGCGCUUGCCUUGGUCACAACUUCACACCUUCCCACCGCUCCAGACUCUGAAAUACACAAGCAGGUAGACCAAGCAGUGGAAAAAUCUGCACCACUGUGUCCCAUGAAAAUGUUUCAAUGUUUAGUUUAGAUAUUGCUAACUUGUGCUAUUAACCUUUUGACAAGUGUGUAGUAUUGUUUGUUUUGGGUUUGUUUUUGAGUUAUAACCACUUAGUAGUCCCCAGCUAGCUACCAGGACAGAUUUUACCCCAUGGGUAGGAUUCUAUUGUCAAGCCACAUAACAAAGCACACUAAUCCAGACACCGUAAGUGGAAAAUAUAAACCAAAAAGGAGAUUUACACCGAUAAGUUGAACAAACUCCAUUUUUGAUAUUUGCAUGCUCCCCUAUGGACUGGCUGUGGCAAUGUAAUGCCUGUAUAAUGUUUUCAAAUAAAAAUAAAUGCUUUAUGAAAGCA